AUGUCCGCUGAAGAAGAAAAGGGUGAACAGCCUAAACUGCCUGAACAUGUGGUAGCAGGCACUCAGGGGUCAAAGAACAAGGCCCCUGAUGCUACCGAAUUACCUGCAUAUAGCAGCAACAUCGAGACAUCUCUGGAGGCUGUGUUUGCCCGUUUCUGGGCACGUUUGGCAGAGCACCAGUCAGAAUCCCAUCCUCCACCUCAAAGACGAGAUUUUGUCCCACGGACCCAGCAUGCUGGUCACUGCCGCAAGGUCAGGCCUCAGCCAGGCAAACAAUGA